ACCAAUUCCGAAAAGGCCAGCAUGGGGAUCGAGAGCGUGGCCUGGUCGCUGCCGCUGCGCGUCGCGAUGGCCGUCGCCUUGGCCGCGAUGCUGAUCGUCAAUGGCAUCCACAGCGUCAGCGGUGACAUGCGCAUCGUGGCACUGGCCAAUCCAAACCUCCUCACGCCGUCGGCCAUGUUUUUCAUGCUGCUCGGACCCAUCUACGCGAGCCUUGUCGGCUUUGUCGGGCGCGAGUGCUACGCGCCCAACACGACGAUCCCGGCCAUGCACCGCGUGUACGUCUGCUUCAUUCUCAGCUGCGUCUGCAACAUCAUGUACCUCUCGUGCUUUGUGGGCGGGUACACGCACGUGGCGUUCGCCGCGAUCUUUCUCAUGUGGCUCGCGCUCUUUGCCGCCUACUUGGUCGUCGAAGACAGCGUCGCGCCGAUCGUGGUCACGUCGAUGCUGCGCAGUAGCAACGCCAACCACGCCUUUGCAACCACGUCGGUCGCCGACGUCCUCUGGAUCCGAACGCCGUUGACGCUCUACUGGGCGUGGACGUGCGCGGCCGCGACAGUCGCGCUCAACGUCUCGCUCGAAGCGCUCGGCGUGCACGCGAUGAGCAUCUACGUCUUCUGGUGCGGCAUGUGGGUGCUGGCCAACACGCUCAUUCUCCUUGGCACGGGCGACGUGCCGUUUGCGUUCGUGGCGUUCUACACGCUCGUGGCGAUCGCGCGCAAGUCGGCCGCGCUCAGUGACCGCCUCGUGCCGCAAAACCCAAACUACCCCGAGCACUACGCGGUGCAGGUCAUGGCGACCGUCGGCGCCUUCGUCUUUGGCAGCCUCUUUGCGUUUCUCGUGCUCCACAAAUAUUGGCGCGGCGACGCGCUCCCGCGGCUCUUGGCGGCGCCCUCGCGAGGCGCGUACGGCUCGCUCCCAUAAGCAAACGCUCUGUCCGAAGAGCGCCAUGCAGCGAUGGAUGCUCGACGAGCGUCUCGCAGCUCGUCGGAAUUUCCUGCCGUCAAGGAAUAGAGUCGUUUGCAUCAAUAAAUAAAAGACGCAUCCGCAACGACGACGGGAUGCACAGGG